GUUAACUGGGUAGAAACAGUGACGGCGUAAUCAAGUUCGUCUAUUGCUUUAGAAGAUUCAUUGCUUGAAUAGUUAAUAAAAGGAGAAUCUUGUGCUUAUAACAAUGAUAUUAGACAAACAUAUGUAUUAUAUGAACUUACAUUGUUUUUGAAAAAUAAAACAGCAAUUGUGUGCACUUUUAUUAUUAUUGUGUGGGUUUAUUAAGUAAAGUAAAGGGGGAAGGGUACAGUUGUAAUUAAACGGGAACGCCCACAGAAAAAACUACAGUAAAUACAAGAGUGAUUUUAAAAGUAAUAAUCUAGACAUAAUUCAACGCAUUAUCACAUAAAAUAACACUUGACCUACAAGCAGUUUAAUAUGUCUACGGCAAUAAGAGGCACGCCCACAUCGCAAGGAGGAAAUGAACAUAUAUCUCAUAUUAAGAAUGAAAUUAUUAAAGAUGAAGAAUUAAAACUUAAUUGUGCAAAUGAAAAUAUAAAAAGUGAGCCAGUCUUUAAAAAUAUGACUCAAAUUAAAUACGAAACCGAAGGAUGUAGUAAUGCAGUAUUUGAUGAAAUGAUAAAUCCAAAUUUGAACUUUACUCCUAAAAUUCGUUUAACGCCCACUUCAAAACUGUUAGCAAAUCCGAAUCCUGUAGAUCCUAAGCGAAGAUUUGUGUGCCCACACGAAAAUUGUACAAAGAGCUACGGCAAGAGUUCACAUUUACGUUCACACCUAACGUGGCAUACAGGUAUUAAACCCUUCGUUUGCAAGGAACCGAAUUGCGGAAAGGGUUUUACACGUUCAGACGAGCUAAAUAGACACGUUCGCACCCAUACGGGUGAGAAGCCUUUUGAAUGUAUACAAUGUACAAAAAGAUUUUCACGAAGCGACCAUCUCACAAAGCAUCUUGCAACGCACACAAAACAAUUACAAUCAAUGGCAAAGCGAUUACGGACAUCUAUUCCACAGGCCAACAUACAUUUAAAUGAAACACAGACAAAAAUGGAAAUCUAUAGCAAUGAUGAUGCAGCUGAAAUAAUAAAUAGUAAUAAAGAUAAUAACGAUGGUGUCGAUAUUACAGAUUAUCUAUUUAAAUCUUCAACAAUGGAUAAUAAAUCAAUUAAAAUUAAAUUGGAAAGACCUGUAAAUAGUGAAGAAUAUCACGUAGUGCAACAGCGACAUAUAACGGCAAGCGAAUCAGAUGAUGACAUUCCGCCUGAAUUAAUGGUGCCUAUCUCUACAAUGAUUUGUCCCACUUCAACUGAUGAAGAUGCCGACAAUAUUGACAUGCCAGCAGUGAAUAGUACAAAUCACCUAAAUUUGGCAAUGGUUAAAAAAGAUCAUGAUCCUGAAAGACCUUUUGAGUGUCGAGAGUGUAAAAAACGUUUUAAACGACAAGACGAUCUCAACAGACAUAUAAGAACGCAUACAGGUGAAAAACCGUAUGCGUGUGCAGAAUGUGAAAGACGAUUUGUGCGCAGUGAUCACCUUAAGAAACAUCUAAAAAUGCAUACUAAGGUCCGGUAGUAGUAAUAGUUCUUUACGCCUGCUUUGAAUACCGAAGGUUACAUUGAAUAUGUGGAAUAUGCUGAAGUUAAAAACUUUUUGAUUUGUAUUGUACUUUAAGUAUAGCUUUUAAGAAAAUGAGAACGUGUUGCAUAAAUAUUAAAGAUUUUAUUAAACUGCAAGAAUAUAUUAAAAUGGA